CCUGUGCGGUCGGCGCAGCAGCAGCAGCAGCAGCAGCUGGAGAAGGACGCGGGCCAGCCAUCGGCGGGUAUUUAUAGCACCGUGACAGCGGCGCCCUGGCAGAGCCGGAGCCGGGUUCACGUAGGAGUUUCCCGUUAGAGCCAAAGGUGGCUGCCGAGCUCGGCAGACAACUGUCCUGAAGUAUUUGAGAAUGGGUAAAGGCUUCCGCUACUACUUCCAGCACCCCUGGUCUCGCCUCACUGUGGCUUACCUGGUGAUCUUCUUUAACUUCUUAAUAUUUGCUGAGGAUCCAGUAUCUCACAGUCAGACAGAAGCCAAUGUUAUUGUUGUUGGCAACUGUUUUUCGUUUGUAACAAAUAAAUACCCUGGAGGAGGAGGCUGGAGGUUUCUGAAGGUGCUUCUAUGGCUACUUGCCAUUCUCACGGGACUGAUAGCUGGGAAAUUCCUGUUCCAUCAGCGUUUGUUUGGUCAGUUACUCCGGCUAAAGAUGUUUCGAGAGGAUCAUGGAUCUUGGAUGACAAUGUUCUUCAGCACCAUUCUCUUCCUUUUCAUUUUUUCUCACAUUUACAACCUGUGCCUCCUUAUGGCAGGGAAUAUGAGGGCAUACAUCAUAACAGACUUUAUGGGCAUCAGGAAUGAAAGUUUUAUGAAGGUUGCUGCAGUGGGGACUUGGAUGGGAGACUUUGUCACAGCUUGGAUGAGGCAAGAAGGUCAAAACUUAAGACAGGCAAAGGAAGACAGUCAAGUCUUGCUAUUCUCCAAGGUCACUGAUAUGAUGCUUCAGGACAAGACCUACCCUGACUGGGGGAAGUCUGCCAGAGCUUUCUGGAAGAAAGGAAAUGUUAGGAUCAUUUUAUUCUGGACUGUUCUAUUUACUUUGACCUCUGUGGUUGUGCUUGUCAUCACUACUGACUGGAUCAGCUGGGACAAGUUGAAUCGUGGAUUUCUGCCAAGUGAUGAGGUCUCAAGAGCCUUCCUGGCUUCUUUCAUCUUAGUGUUUGACCUUCUUAUUAUCAUGCAGGAUUGGGAGUUUCCACAUUUCAUGGGUGAUGUUGACGUAAAUCUUCCUGGCUUGCCAUAUGCACAUCUGCAGUUCAAACUACCUUACUUCCAAAAUAUCUUCAAGGAAGAAUAUCACAUACAUAUAACAGGUAAAUGGUUUAACUAUGGAAUUAUCUUUCUGGUUUUAAUCCUGGAUCUAAAUAUGUGGAAGAAUCAAAUAUUUUACAAACCUCAUGAAUAUGGUCAGUAUAUUGGUCCUGGACAGAAGAUCUACACAGUGGAGGACUCAGAAAGCUUAAAGGACCUUAACAGAACCAAGUUAUCCUGGGAUUGGAGAUCAAAUAACACAAACCCUCUGACUAACAGGACUUACGCUGAGGGAGACAUGUUCUUGCAUAGCAGAUAUACAGGGAUUAGCCUUGAUGUCAAAUGCCUGGCCUUCAUUCCAUGUUUGCUGGCUUUUGCUUUGUUUGGGUUCUUCAUCUGGUUCUUUGGGCGAUUUCAGAAAACUGAGCAAGGCACGGAGAAUCUGGACAAAUCAUACACAAGAAUGAAAAGGAAGUCGCCAUCAGACAUGGGAAUGACACGAGAAAAUACACAGGUUUUAGUGGAGAAAACUUUAAGUUUUCAAGAUCCACAUUUAGUAUCCAUAAAAUCAGACUUAAGUGAAAUUGUCUUUAAUUCUUCCCUUCUAACUUCUGAAAACUUGAGCUUACAGUUGAAUGAACAAGACAGCCCAUUACAACCAAUGACAGCGGAUUCUGCCCCUAAGAGUGAUCCCAUGACCUAGAGCAAAUGACCCAGAAAACAAAGAUUUAAAUAACCAAUUAUUGUGAGAGUUCAGUUUUUGUAAGUUAAGGUUUACAUCAUGUUUAGCACAAGAAAUAUAACCUGUACCACAAAGGUGCUCAACACGCUUUUUUUAGGAAUUUUGUUUUCUAUUUGUAUUAUAAUAUAUGUGCCUACUCUAUAGCUAACAUUCCUUUAUAGAUUGCGUCUCAGAAUCGCACAAACUAUUUAUUAAUUCAUUGAUGUUCCUGUAUAAUAGUGAAUUAGAUGAAAAUUCUAACCGUGGUGGUGCCUUGAAACAUUAAACUGAUUUUUAACUCAACACAGAAAGAUAUAAAGACCAAUUCUUCUAACCUAUUUUGCAAGGGUUUUUUUACAUGCAAUUAUUUAGAAUGCCAUUUGAUUUCUUACCAAUAGAUGUAGAGAUUUCUGAAGAACGAUUCCUGAUAAGAUGUCACACUAACGGUUGACUUUGUUAUUUACUCAGCUGUAGAGUCAGUGACUUUGAUAACUGGACUGCAGAGAAGCAUUUUGAUUACCUUUUAAUUUUUGCUGGCUGGCUGCCAAACACAAAUACAGCUUCAUAACAGAGUAACAGUAGAGCAUGGGUCACUACUUGUGAAAAUAGGACUUUCUCUAUCAGUAAUUGCAAUUACAUGAUAAUGCCAAUUAUGUUUUUCAUAAUUAAAGAUAAACUGCUGCUUCAGUAAAACUCCUGCCCUUCACCUUUCAGAAACAAAGGUUAAAAUGCAUAGUUAGAGCAACAUUGACAUAUCCCAUCAUCAACACAAACCUGUGCAAUGCCAAAGAACCAGUGUAGUGAUUACAGGAAAGAACCCAGAGCCCAUAGCCUUCAGUGUUUGUACAACUUUGUGUAACUAUGGUUUGGGAUACAUUAUGCUGGGAAAUGUACAACACAACUGACAGCUUUAACUUCUUCAAAGACUGAAGCAAUGGUGUGGGGGCUGGGGAGUGACUGCAUGGAAUAGAUUAGCAAGUGAUUUGUCCUGAAUCUUUUUUGCCCCUUUCAAGAAUUAAACACUGUCCAUUAAUAAAUAAUAGAACCCAGCAGCAAAAACAUGGAGGAAUUGUUUUUGCAGCCUUUUUAAAGGCUACUCGGAAUAUGAAUUCCUCAGCUGUCUGUUCAAACA